AUGGCGACGACGACGGACGCCACGACGGCUUGGGAUGACCAGCGCGUGUGGGAAGACGCGGGUUUCCUGUGCUUCCUGGAGGAGCACAAGGUCUCUACGAAGGACCUGUUGACUCCGUCGUGCAAUGGCGACUCGCUUCGCUUCUUCCGACUCAAACAACUUGCUGGGACCGGUGCAACAGAAGAUGAAGACCCUCGACUGCAGGCUAUUGCUGCCAAUUUGGCCCGAGAAGCGGCUGAAAACGACACAGAGCACGUCGAGCAGGCUGUACCACAAGCUGUUCCAUGGCUUCCAGGUUUCUAUUCGCUGCCGGUGUCGGCUCCAUUGGCUCGAGUGGGUCUCUACAAGGAAGGCCAGCUGUACGGUAUCGACAUUUCGUCGGGUUAUGCGGUGUCGCUGCUGGACAUUCAGCCGGGAGAGCACGUCCUGGACCUGUGCUGUGCCCCGGGAGCCAAGUUGACCAUGAUCGCCGACCUCCUGCAGCUUCGCGGGAGCGUCACGGGCGUCGACUUUUCGCGAUCGAGACUGGGCGCUUGUAGGCAAUUGGUGCACAAGUACCAGCUCUUCCAGCCCGAGAGUGAGGCCGCAGACACCAAGUGGAGAUGCAGACUGUUCCAUGCGGACGGAAGGACCUUCAACAUCGGACCCAAGACGGAGUGCGCACACAUCGACGGGAUGGAAGUGCUGCUGGACACGCAGGAGAUUGCGUCGCGAGCGCCCAAAGACCGGAUGCGCAAGCGUAAGAACAAAAGUGCUCGGGCGAGGGACGCCAAGCGGCAGAAGCUGCUGGUUCUGGACUCCGCCCUGUACGACAAGGUGCUCGUGGAUGCCGAGUGCACUCAUGACGGGUCGAUCCGCCACCUGCAGCGACUGAAUACUGCCGCCAAGUGGGAGGAAUAUGUGCGCGACCACUUGAACUCGAGCGAGAUUGAGCGGAUCUUGAAGCUGCAGCAUGGACUAAUCCGGAACGGCUUUAGUAUGUUGCGGCCUGGUGGCACCAUGAUCUACAGCACCUGCAGUCUGUCUGUAAAGCAGAACGAAGACAUCGUCUCAAGCUUCCUCCAGGACGAACCGCUGGCUAAGCUUGACCCGAUCGUGCGUAGUGAAGAUGUGCCGUGCCAGGUACGAUAG